GAAAUGCGGCGAUUCUUCCGAAGACCGCAGGAACCCAACCGCGAUCUGGACGUCCUUCGUCGAGAUAUCGACACGGACGUGCACAUUAAACCCGCGAAGGAUCUACUGCAAGAUCUACAGGUAGAUCCCGAGCAAGGUUUGCCGACAAUAGUCGCAAGAGAUCGGCUACGAGAACAAGGACCGAACGCAUUAACUCCGCCGAGGAAAACCUUGGAGAUUCUGAAAAUCCUGCAUCAUUGUUGCAAUGGAACCUCUUUACUGAUAUGGGUAGCAAUUCGCGAAAGAUCGAGUCCUUGCAAGUUUCGAACGCGAAAGAGAAAAAAUAUAUUUUACAACAAAAUAUAUUUUAAAACAAAAUCAAAGAAUCUUGUAGGCGCUGCUUUGUGCUUUGGCAAUUACUUCCUGGAACAAGAAAUCUACGGCGAGGCGUCCGAGGACCAUCUCUGGCUCGGGCUAGUUCUGAUUGUCUUGAUCAUGGUCACAGGUAUGUUCAGCUACUACCAGGACUCCAAGAGUUCGCGCAUCAUGGAAUCCUUCCAGUGGAUGUUACCACAGAAAGCCAAGGUCCUGAGGGACGGCGAGAGAAAGGAGGUGCUGGCGACCGAACUGGUCGUAGGGGAUAUCGUCCUGCUGGAAACUGGCGACCAAGUGUCUGCUGACAUUAGAGUCCUGGAAUGUCAAGGCUUGAAAGUAGACAAUGCGUCACUCACGGGCGAAUCGAUACCGUUGAUACGAAUGGCUAGUAUUCCGCAAGCAGGGAGUGUUAUCGAAGCAAAGAAUAUGAUAUUCUUCUCUACAAACAUCGUCGAAGGCACUGGGAAGGGCGUCGUGGUGGCUCGCGGCGACGAUACAGUGAUGGGCAGAGUGGUCAGGCUGACUUCGAAACUCUCGCCACGACCUACGCCACUUUCGCGUGAGAUCCAUCAUUUCAUGAAGCUGAUCUCGUGCUGGGCGAUUUUCUUAGGCGUUCUCUUCUUCGUAAUGUCCAUCGCGAUGGAUUACAACUGGAUCGACUCAGUCGUGUUGCUUAUCGGUAUUAUCGUAGCGAAUGUGCCGGAAGGCAUCGUCGCCACGGUGACGGUCAGCCUGACCCUGACCGCCAAGAGGAUGGCCAGCAAGAACUGUCUGGUGAAGAAUCUCGAGGCUAUCGAGACACUCGGAUGUACCGCUGUUAUCUGCAGCGAUAAAACCGGCACUCUCACGCAGAAUAAAAUGACCGUGCGACACAUGUGGUACGACGGCCAGCUGCGCGAAAUAAUGGCCUCGGACACGUGGAGGAAGUACGUCAACAGUCGGGGCUUCGAGAACCUGGCCAGAGUAGCGAGUCUCUGCAAUCGUGCCAAAUGGGUACCGGUACCAGAAGGCAAACCCGCGCUACCGUUAAACAAAAGGGAGAUAUUGGGAGACGCGUCGGAUACUGCCCUACUGAGAUGCAUGGAGAUCCUCAUGAAGGGAGGAGCCGAUUUCUUCAGAAAAGAUUACGUCAAGGUGCUCGAGAUUCCUUUCAACUCGACAGACAAAUUCCAAGCGAACGUGCACCUGUUUCAAGACAGGCACCUCGUGUGCUUCAAGGGUGCUCCCGAGAGAGUCCUCGAGCGUUGCUCGACCGUAGCUUUCGGCAACCGUACCGAGAGACUGAAGGAAGAAAUCAAGACAGCAUACACUGAGUCUUGUCAUAUCCUGGCGAACAACGGAGAACGCGUCCUCGGCUUCGCCGACUUGGAACUCUCGACCUCGGUUUACCCCGUAGGCUACCGCUUCGAGACAGACCCUCCAAAUUUCCCUCUCCAAGAUUUGAGACUGAUCGGUCUGAUCGCUAUGAUGGACCCGCCGCGACCGACGGUGCCGGACGCGGUGUAUAAAUGUCGCUGCGCCGGCAUCAAGGUCGUUAUGGUGACCGGCGAUCACCCAGACACCGCCAGAGCGAUCGCCAAAUACGUUGGCAUCAUCACCGACGAUGAUCACAAUGGUCCUGAUGACGUCAGGAGACACCACAUUGUGGUAACUGGCGGUCAGCUGCGGGAUCUGUCACCUGAGCAGUUGGACAGGCUGAUCAGGCAAUAUCAGGAGAUAGUGUUCGCCAGGACGUCGCCGGUGCAGAAGCUGCAGAUCGUCGAGAGCUGUCAACGGCUGCACCUCAUCACUGCAGUCACCGGCGACGGCGUAAACGACUCGCCGGCCCUGAAGAAAGCUGACAUUGGCAUCGCUAUGGGCGUCACAGGGUCAGACGUGAGCAAGCAAGUGGCAGACAUAAUACUACUCGACGACAAUUUCGCGUCGAUAGUGACGGGCAUCGAAGAGGGCCGGCGGAUCUUCGACAAUCUCAAGUCGAGCAUCGCGUACAUCUUGACCAGCAACGUGCCGGAGAUCACGCCUUUCUUGGCAUUCGUCGCGCUGGGAAUCCCGCUCCCGGUCGGCGUGAUUUGCGUUCUUUGCAUCGAUCUAGGAACAGACAUGUGGCCAGCUGUCUCGUUAGCUUACGAGAAGCCCGAGUCGGACGUUAUGUUAAGGAAGCCCAGGAUACCUCAAAGCGACCACCUGGUCAGCCGACGAUUGAUUUUCAUGGCGUAUGGACAGAUCGGUGUAAUCGAGGCCUGCGCUGGUUUUUUCGCGUACUUCGUAGUGAUGGCGGAACACGGCUUCCUGCCGAGACGAUUGCUAAGUCUGCGGUCGGAGUGGGACAGUGCGACGAUAAAUGAUCUGGAGGAUAGUUUCGGUCAGGAGUGGACGUAUGAGCAGCGCAAGAUCCUCGAGUACACCUGCCACACCGCCUUCUUCAUCAGCAUCGUCAUUGCCCAGUUAGCAAACGCGAUGAUCUGCAAGACCCGCCGAAAUUCGCUGCUGCGCCAAGGCAUGGGCAAUUGGAUCUUAAACCUGGGUCUGCUGCUUGAGAUCGGUCUAGCUUGCCUAGUAUCUUAUGCUCCUUACAUGGAUCGCGUCCUCAAGAUGUAUCCUCUGAAACCGGAAUGGUGGCUGCCCGGAGUGCCGUACGCUAUUCUUAUUCUGAUCUACGAAGAGUUCAGGAAAUGGUGGAUCAGGCGAAAUUCAGGUGGCUGGUGGGACAGAGAGACUUCGUAUUAAGUGAGAAUAAAAGUAAUACACAAAACAGAUAUAUUAAAUGAAAGGGUGAGAAGCUCAGAGGAAAACAAUGUGAAAUCAUUAUCAUGAGAGAAUUACUCUAUUUAAUUGUUUUUAAUUAUUUUUAUUUAGUUAUUUUUUAAAUAUUUUUAAUUCUUUAAAUAUUUUUAUUCUUUUAUUCCAUGAUUAUUAAUUAUUAUUAUUAAUUAUCAUUGAGAUAUUGUUGAGGGGAAAAUGUCGCGAGAAGAGUUUCCUCUGAUAAACGAAGAUGCGAAGUAGAGCAAGAUCGACUUGUGCUUUCUCGAAGGAUGAAAGAUACGUCAGGCAAUUGCGCACUACUCUCGGCGAAAAUAGUUUCGCAAAGAAACGACCUUUCGCGGCUCUCCGUUUUCCACAGUCGUGACUACUCGAUAUCACGCUGAGAACAGUUCUUCACCUUUCCAUAGGUGAAUUACCGCCAUCAUCAUUAUCAUUCACAUUCAAAAUCCCCAUGCGACUAUAUGGGAAUACGACGAUACGUAAAAAACGAAAAACUGGAUGCACCGACGGACAAAACUGGAAUUUCGCGUCGUUUCUUCGACGCGCGAUGGACUUUAGUGUCCUAAAAAUAACCUUCAGGUAAAUCGAUGCCAGAAGGUUGCCAGGAAAUGUUGUUUUCCGCGGUUGCGAACCACGUCGCUCUCAUGUCGCAUUCUCCAAUAGCUUUGCAUCUCGCAAAUGUUUCAUUUCAAGCCCGGAUUGUUAAGCGCGAUUUAAUAUAGAAAAUUCCUCGAGUUCUUGAUUUCAACUUUGGAUAAUUUCUACUCCUUGCAAGCUAACAAAAAUAAUACAUAAAAUGUAUUGAUAUGCGAUAUGUAUACACACACGCGCAAAUACAUUUUAUAUAUUUUGCACCUAACGCACAGAGAGUUCCGUUCAAUUCGAUUUCAGACUAGGUGAAAACUACUGC